UGAUCUUUGUUGCCAGACAGGUACAGGAAAAAUGCAGAGAACACCGCAAAGACCUGUACAUGGCAUUCAUUGACCUGUCCAAGGCCUUCGAUACAGUAAACCGGGACUUGCUGUGGGAAGUACUUGGAAAACUAGGUGUACCAGCAAACUUCUGCAACCUACUGCGACAGCUACAUGCUGGCAUGCAGGCCUGUGUGAGCAACGGCGGCCAACAAUCCCCAUUUUUCAGUGUGGAUGUGGGGGUCAAGCAAGGGUGUGUCCUUGCCCCAACCAUAUUCAACAUGUUCAUUUCCACUGUCACCCUCCUGUCCCAUAAACACCUGGACCCCACAGAUGGGAUUCAGAUACAAUACCGGCUGGAUGGUAACCUUUUUAACAUCCGUCGCCUCCAAGCCACCACUAAACUCACCACCCAGCAUAUUCUGGAACUACAGUAUGCAGAUGACUGCGCUGUACUUGCACACUCACCAGAGUCUCUCCAGCGCGCACUGAAUGUGGUAGCCUCCAUCUACAGUGCCAUUGGUCUUCAGAUAAACACCAAGAAAACACAAAUACUCGUGCAGGAGUUUACUCCCCAGCCAAACACGCCAAUCUUCACCCUUGACGGGCACCCAUUAGCCACCGUCCCCCACUUCACCUACCUCCGUAGCACCCUGUCGCCAUCCUGCACCAUUGACGAUGACGUCCAGAACCCUAUUGGCCUGGCCUCUGCUGCCUUUGGAAGGCUAUGGUCCAGGGUUUUCCUGAACAGGAAUCUAACCAUCUCCACCAAGACAGCCGUGUAUAAGGCAGUCUGCCUCUCCACGCUGCUCUAUAGCUCUGAAACCUGGACACCCUACCAGAGGCACAUCCAGAGUCUCGAGGCCUUCCACAUCCGCUGCCUCCAGAGGAUCCUAGGUCUGACCUGGGAAGACAGGGUGCCCUACACUGAAAUUUAUGACCGGACCAACACACCCAGCAUCACAGCACUCCUUGGCCAAAAACACCUACAUGUGAUCCGUAUGCCAGCCCACCGCCUACCCCGUCAGAUAUUGUAUGGCCAGCUUUCAGUUGGUCAAAGGUCUGCCGGGGGCCAGAAAAAACGGUACAAGGACCACAUUAAAACUCCCCUGGAAAAGUGUGACAUCAAACCACCAGCACUGGAGUCCCUGGCUGCUGACCGCCAGACCUGGAGCUCUACUUGCCACCAGGGAAUCACUCAUCUUCAGGAGAAGUUCACAGAGCGGAGAGCACAGCGGCGUGCACAAAGACACCAACGUGCCACAGCACCAGCGACCACCACUGCUGCCUUCCCCUGCCCCUCAUGUGACAAAGUCUGUGGAUCACGCAUAGGCCUGAGCAGCCACCUGGCUCUGCACAGGCGAAAGGCACAACAAUAACCAAUCCAAUACUUCGUUUGGAGCAACGUCAUCAUCGACAUCGAUGGACUGCCAUAAGCAAAUCCGCCUGUCGAUCUCACGAUCCACUCUUCCCCCACUCGUGAACAAGACUCCGAGGUACUUGAACUCCUCCACUUGGGGCAGGGUCUCCUCCGCAACCCGAAGAUGGCACUCCACCCUUUUCCGGGCGAGAACCACGGACUCGGACUUGGAGGUGCUGAUUCUCAUCACGUGCUCGACAAAAAAAAAAUAAGUGAGAAUAUCUCCAUGUUAAGAAACUCGACUGCGGCUCCGUUGUUAGUAAACACAGACAUGUUACUUUGUAACGGGUUAGUCCCAACACUGAGUAUGAGUAAUAGAGUAAUGUACAGCCAUGAGACAUGACAAGGCACACAAUGACAACUGUCACAAGAGCCUUUUGUGCCAGUGAUAAUCGCCUCCAUUGUCGGGGUUUAUCUGCCUGAGAUGAAUGUUUCCAAAGCGGUGUCACUAUCUUCUUGCACCGGGGUCAUCAUCCUGCGGCCCCUCACCCCCAAAAGGGAUAAAGGAGAGAUAAAACUGGGGGCAACUUAGGGAACACACACACACACACACACACACAUUUAUGCAUGACAUCUGUUCCGUGUUGUUCUCCUCUACGGGGCUUAGUUGUGUAUUAUUUAUGGAGCCGCAGACAAGCGGCUGCAGGCGGGUACAGUUAGUCCGAGGAUGCAACGACGCGGAGGGAUCACGCUACGACUGCCGGCCUUGUCACGACUCGCAUCGUUGGCAUGCCGACACGUACUAAUGACCGACACAAAUAUAGGAUGCAUCAGGCGGGGCCAAAGUGCGGCCCCGGGGGCCUUUUUCAGCCCGCAGAUCUUUUUUUUUA